UCAAGUCGUAGAGAAUUAAUGUCACAAGUAUUUUACAAGAUUUGUUAAAAAUUUUAAGUGUUUUAAAAAUAUGUUUUAACAGCAAUAAAUCAUGAAACUACAAAAUCUUAAUGAAAUAUUGUUUCUAACCUAUUUUGUUACUAUUUUAAUAGCGAUAAAUUCUGUUUCUUGUACUCUUUCGUACGAAAACAAAGAUUUUGUUAAAAUAAAGCAAGACCCAACACGGUUUCAACAAGUAUCAGCGUAUCUUAACAAGAAAAAUGUAUUUUCAUCUAGAAAUUUAAAUGCAACUACUAGAGGAGGGGACAAGAAAAAAAUUAGCAACGGUGUUCACCAUGCAUCAACGAGAGUCCCAUCAAAUAACAAAACAUCGUCGCAGUCGAGCGCCUACAAAAAAUGGCAAGUAGGUAGGGUCAGCCGAAAACAAUAUGAAAUUAUUAACAUGCUUUGGAGAAAAACUAAAAUGUUCUUAAACGUGGAACAAACAACACCCGCCUUUCACCAAGUUAGACGAGAAAACGAUAGCAAAAGAGUUUUGGACGAUAUUUUUGCUCCCCGUCAUCCAUUCCUUCGAUUUACAUCUCGCCCAAAUGUACCAUUGACGACUCCAAGUUACAUUGAAUUUUACUAUUUGGAUGAAACAGAUGAUCGGGGCAAAGAAACAACAAGCCCAAAGAAUACUUUUGCUAGAAAUUUAAGAGAACGCCAAUUAAAGAAUUUUGGCAACUUUAAAUUUGUCCUUGAUUCUCCUAUGUUUUCAUUUCGUAUCGAUGAUCCAAGUUACAAGAGGUCCGCUUUGCCCACACGGUAUAUGCCCCCUACUAACAAAAUGAGGAGAAGAAAGACAACAACUGGCUUUGAUUCUUAUAAUUCUAUAACCCCACCAUAUAAAUUUCCACACAAACGUGCAAAGGGUUCUGUGAAAUUAACACCAAUACAUAAAUCUGCCAGCAAUAUUACUACAACAUACCACCCGAAUACUACUCAAAGUCUCCCACAAGACGCUUCAACUACUGAAUACACCCUUGGUAAUGAAACUUGUCCGUUAACCUCAAAACUAACAGUAAAUGAUACCGAAAAUGAAGCUUUAGCUGACUAUUCGAUUAAUGUAACAAAUGGUACAAAACUAACAACUGUUUACGAUAAAAUCAAGUUUUUCGAAAUUUAUGAUAAGCAAACUCCUAUUCCAUACUACGAUGAAAAAGGUAAUUUAGUGGACAUGGAUAAUAUAGAAAUUUUUGUUAAGGGAAAUGAAAUUAACGAUGAACGUAAAAUUCUUUUGGAGCAUGUAGAUCAGAAAAUUGAAAACGAACAUAGUCUUUCUAAGACCAAACAUUCUAAGAAACACAUUAUCGAUAAUUAUAAAACUCCAUCGAAAAAAAGUUCCCCUCAAAAUGCUACUAAAGUCACAAAAAGGUUCGUGAAGUUAAAUAUUUCAUCAAGCUCAGUAGCCAACGUCACCAAGAAGCCAUUAAAGAAAACAUCAGUGUACGUAUCAUCGGUAAAAAACUGGUUCGAGUAUAAGAAAAGUAAGGAGGCUCAAUGGUCUAAAUAUCCGUUCGCUGCUGCCUACGUUUACGAACCCUCUCAGGUACAUUGUGAUGCAGCUGGAAUCAGUCCCCAUUGGCUUAUUUCUUCCGCUUCGUGUUUAUCAAGACACCAUAAAAAGCCAGGAGGCGAAGGCCGUUCCGCCUUUGUAACAUACUGCGGAGCGUCCUGGUGGAACCCAGAACGAGUGGCGUAUGUCAAAUAUAGCCUUGUCCACCCCCGCUUCCACCAUCGGGAUAAGACGCGAAGACAUCUUUAUAACAUAGGACUGAUUCAAGUUGUCACGUCUAUGGCAUCAGCAUGUUAUGGUUGGUCUUCGAUAACAAUCAUGUCCCAUCAAUUCAUUGCCGAUCCUGAAGGGUCAACCGCUAACGCCAUAGGAUGGGGUCUAGACAGAUUUGACACAAGAUAUUCGUCAAACGAUUUACCGAAGACGCAACUUAUGACGUACAUAAGCCAAGUAUUCUCUGACUCUUGCCCCGGAAACGUUGGGUAUAACAAAGCAAAGAGUCUCGACGAGGAAGGCGGCGUUAAGAAUGUGUACUGUCUGUCUUUGCCGCCGUAUACAGGCGAAGAUAAUGACCCAGUUCACGGUGGCCUGCUUCUCGUGGGAGGAAAAUUGGUCGCCCUAUAUUUACAGGAGGAGCGACGUCCUUGGGGCGAGCAGUGUGCCCAGUACACCGGGACUUGGCGUCUGGUUCCCUGGGUCCUCGACAAUGCGCGGGAAACCGAAGAAACAGACUCGUUCGCACUUGACAUUUAAUUUUUUUACUAGAUUUUAUAUUUACUUAUUUCUUUUUUUAUA